AUGGAGGCGCAAUUGAGGUCUGCAUUGGCUGCGUGUGACAGGUGCAAAACGUAUGCGGAGCUGUGCUCCACCUUUGACAAGAAAGCGGCACCCAUCAUCGAACACGCGCUGCAGCUCCCUCUCAUUAAGGCUCCGCGUGAUCACACAACACCUGAUGAGUGCAGCCCGGACGUUGCGGAGCUGCGGGACGCUCUCUCCAUCCACCUCGGCGCGGAGGACGCGACACCGGCAGAGGACGACGUGUGGUUCUUUGUGUUCCGAGCAGUCAGCAAUUUGGCAGAACGGCAGCAGCGCAAGCGUUCUCGCGACAAGGAUGGCACCUCUCUGUCAGCUCUAGUGACCAACGCCUUUGUGUUACUGUGCAGUCGCACGCUUCCGCAGCUGGAUCAGAUGCAACUGCGGUGGCGCUUUCUGAAGCAGGAGCGGGCGAAGGUAGAGGCGAGUGACGCGUAUGUGCACUCCAAUGCAGCCGAGCGCCGCAAGCUGCAACUGAACCCGAGUAAUGUGCUGUCCGUCUUUUCGGAGAAGGCGCAUAAGCACUACUUCACCUCUGUGUGGAUGCUGUGUGUUGAGAAGGCCGGCGAGGCUGCCUUGCAUGUCCAUUUGCUGCAUCGCCUCGGCUCCGUGGUUCUGCCGCACCUGACCAACCCGCUCGUUUUGGCGGAUUAUCUUACGGGGUGCUUCAGCAGCGGUGGCAUCAUUUCGAUUCUCGCCCUGCAGGGCCUGUUUCUGCUCAUGCUGGACCACGGACUCGAGUACCCCAACUACUACGAGCAGCUCUACAGCCUCCUCACUGCCGAUGCCUUCGCGUCGCGCCACCGCUACGAAUUAUUUCGCCUCCUCGACCUCUCCAUGACCUCUCUGCGUGUCCCGUCGUACAUCGCGGCGAGUGUGAUCAAACGUGUUGCGCGGGUGUCGCUGAUGGCGCCGGCGCCGACCCUGUACUUCACGCUGCCCUUUCUGCGCAAGGUUCUGCAGGUGCACCCGAACUGUCUGGCACUGAUUCACCGCAGCAGCCGGGAGGCGGUGGUGCCGGACGACGGGGAGGGCGGGGCGGAGGGCGGGGCGGAGGGCGCAAAGGCGCAGGCCAUGCGCGACACCGCGGCCCUUUUCGACGGCGAGGAACCUUUUGACGACAGCGCGAAGCUGUCCGACUCGCACGCCCUCCACUCCACCUUGUGGGAGCUCACGGCGCUCGAGCGCCACUUCAUGCCGGUCGUGCCGCUCAUGGUGUCCGCCUUCGCCAGCGCGGCGGAGGACAAGACCCCGCUGCGGUAUGAGAAGAGCUACGCGCGCCUUUUUACGGCCGAAGUGACUCGGCCGCUGCACGAGAAACAUCUUCCUACCGUAGCGUACGAGACGCCGACUACAGAGGAUCCGACGGAUAUUCUCACGCUGUAA